AUGGUCUCAAUUUGCGGGACGUGUGAAAUGGGCUUCAAACGCUUCCCUCUGAAGAGCGUGGAGGUGGAGCUGGAGGUGAGGGACCAUGUGGCCACAGCGGUCUCCACUCUGAACUACCAGAACCAAGAGGACAAACCCAUGGAGGCGGUCUUCGUCUUCCCUCUGCCUGGAGACGCCGCCGUCUGUCAUUUCAGUGCCAAGAUGGGACAGAAGGAGAUGGUGGCUGAGGUGAAGGAGGAACAGGAGGCUCGUGAGGAGUAUGAUGACGCUUUGAGCUCCGGUCAGCAGGCUUUCCUGCUGGAGGAGAGCGAUCAGAGUCCAGAUGUUUUCUCAGUGAGUGUGGGCUGUCUGCCUCCAGGAGAGAGCGCCUCCAUCAGGCUGGAGUACGUCACUGAGCUGGCAGUGCAGGCUGACGAGGGGCUGAGGUUCUGUCUGCCUGCUGUGCUCAACCCUCGAUACACACCUCAGGGUAGUGAAGCUCCAGCCGUCCAUGUGAACUCUGCUCCAGCCUCUCUGGUUCCUUACAGUCUGUCUUUCUCUGCUCGAGUGUCCUCUCCUCGGCCCAUCUCUAAAGUGGAGUCCAGCUGCUCCCUGGAUCCUCUCCAGUUCCUGAACACAGACCAAACCCAGGCCACGGUGAAGCUGGGUGCAGGACACAAGUUUGACAGAGAUGUUGAAGUGCUGAUAUAUUACAAAGACGCCCACCAGCCCACUGCUGUGGUGGAAGCAGGACAGGCCUCUGCAGAACCCGGCACUCUGAUGGGUGAUCCAGUGGUGAUGGUGAGCCUGUUCCCUGAGUUUCCUCAGUCUGUCAUGUCUUCAGUGGCUUCCUGUGGAGAGUUUGUGUUCCUCAUGGAUCGGUCUGGAAGUAUGGGCUUCCCAAUGAGCAACAAAGACAAAAAUCAGACUCGCAUAAGCAGUGCAAGGGAAACGCUGCUGCUGCUGUUGAAGAGUCUACCAAUGGGCUGCUAUUUCAACAUCUACAGUUUUGGAUCCAGCUAUGAGCACAUCUUCCCUAAAAGUGUGGAGUACAGUCAGCAGACCAUGGAGGAGGCCCUGAAGAGAGUUGGGACGAUGGAGGCAGAUCUGGAAGGAACAGAAAUUCUGGAGCCUCUCCGGCAUAUUUAUGAGCAGCCCUGCAUUCCCAAUGCACCCCGAGCUGGUCCCAGACCCAGUGAGAUUUAUGAGACCCAGUGA